AUGGAUCUUUAUGGAAGCAUAAUAACAUUUCUAUCUUCAGUUGCUGUUUCGGGAUCGAUCUUCGUUGCUCUCAGUCCUAUCUUGAGGCAGAGACGUCGAGCCAUCGAGAAGCUGAGACUAGUGAACGAGGCUUUGGUUACUGCGGAAGAGAAUGUGGCGAGGCUUCAAGAACGUCAUGAUGUGAUUCUCAAAGAGAUAUGUUCUUAUUACCUCGUUAACGCUGAGCUCCAAGAAUCUUUGGUUUCAGCUCGAGCAGCUAUUGAUGAUGCUUCAGGUUUUGUUAUGGAGCUUAGGAGAUUACAGUUUAAUAUUUUAAACUCUCUUUCUUAA